AUGAAUUACAGAGGAGCUCAGAUCCAUCUCUGGACUCGUGGCUCAUGCUUUCUGUCUCGCCACUACCUUCCAGGGAAACUCACUUCUGUUCGAAGCAACAGUACUCAGCAGCCCCCAGAACCCCCUUCGUCCACUUACCCUGCCUCUCUUAAACCAAAGGGUAAGGCUGAGGUCAUGAAGGAGCACACCAUAUCUGUUUUACAGCAUGCAGGAGAUUUGGGGCGGCAGUGGAGUCAGAAGACUGCUCAGGCUGCCACUGCCACAGUGAACUACUGGUGGGGGAGGUACGAGGAGUUUGUUGGGCUCAAUGAGGUCCGAGAAGCUCAAACCAAAGUCACCGAGGCUGAAUCGGCGUUCAUGGUGGCCAGAGGGAUUGUACGUGAGGCUCAUGUGAGCCUGGAGGCCCUGCAGGGUCGACUGAAAGAGGUCCGAGACCGGCUGGACAGGGUGUCCAGGGAGGAGGUUCAUUAUCUGGAGCUGGCUACGCUGGAGCACAAACUGCUGCAGGAGGAGCGUCGCGUUCGGACUACGUACGAGAACGCAGAGAGCUCAGAGAGGGAGAAGUUCUCCUUGUUUUCAGCAGCCGUCAGGGAGAGCCAUGAGAAGGAAAGGACAAGAGCAGAGCGUACAAAGAACUGGUCCAUCAUCGGCUCGGUGCUGGGAGCCCUGAUCGGUGUCAUGGGAUCAACGUACAUCAACCGUGUUCGCCUUCAGGAGCUGAAGAAUCUGCUGCUGGAGGCCCAGAAAGGUCCAGAAAGCCUACAGGAGGCCCUAAAAGUCCAAGCUGGAAACCAUCGCUCCCAGCAGGACGAGCUUCGAACUCUGAUUGACAGUCUCAGACUCACUCUGACUCGGGCGUUUUCACAGAAAGGCAGCAUCCCUCUCAAAGAGGACGGUGGAUGGAGCCAGUCUUCAUCUGAUUUAUCUCUGUCUGCCUUAAAAGACCUCCACGACGGCAACCAGAAGACCCAGUCCCUCCUGGGGUCCCUCCCGCUGCAGCUGGGACAGCUCGAGCAAAGCCUUGGCAGGGUCGAGGGUCAGCUGUUAAUGGUGACAAAGAUGCUGGAGACCAAACCACAAACAGAAACACGGGCCGGUCCGCUGCCAAUUCAGAGGCCGGGGACAGAGGAUGGGUCCAAGACUGUAGUGAGAAGUCUGGAGGAGACCAAGAGGACACUGGGAGGACAAAUCAGGACAAAUACUGUUUAUAACGCAGUGUUCACCUACACCGCCGCCGCCAUCAGUAUCUCUGCUGUGUACCUGCUGCUCAGAGGGGCAGCUUAAACAUGACAGAUCUGAAUAUUUAUAUUCUUUGUGACUCUAACGAGCAUCCGGAGCAAUUAUCUAGAUGAAGAAACGUGGAAUACGGAGUUCAACUCUUUCUUUAAUAAACGAGG